UGAGGCGACCUGCUAUAUUGGGCAUUCGGUCCUGGCUACGGUGCUACUCUUCUUUAUGUCAGACAGGUGGUAUUGCAUGCCCGGGUCUUGUAGAAAUGGAUGAAGAUACGCCGGAUCAAAUAUCUGAUGAGAAACCCGUGUGUGAGACCGCUGAUAAUGUAGACAGGUCUAAUAGCGACAAUAUAAUUCCUAGGAAGAAAUUUGCAAUGUUGAUGGCUUACUGUGGUCGUGGGUAUCAUGGCAUGCAGAUGAAUCCCAAUGCACCAGAUUACCCAACAAUCGAAGGGACCCUGGUUUCAGCACUUGUUAAAGCAGGAUGUGUUCCUGAGAGUUACUCCUCAAAAAUGAAUGAGCUAAAGUUCCAGCGUUGCGCUCGUACUGACAAGGGAGUGUCUGCUGUGGGUCAGCUCGUUUCUGCAAGACUUUUGACAUCCUGUAUAAACCCAGUAGAGGAAAUAAACCUGCAUCUUCCACCAGAAAUCCGCAUAUUAGGUAUAAAACAGGUGACUAAAGGAUUCAAUUCUAAAAGCAUGUGCGAUGCUCGGACCUAUUCUUAUAUGCUACCUACGUUUGCACUCUCUGGAUGUGCUCCCUUUGCUCCUGACUCUAGCUUUCGUCUGCCCCGGGAACAGUUUCACCACAUCAACAGAUUGCUUUCCUUCUAUAAUGGCACACAUAAGUACCAUAACUUCACUGUGAAGAAGACAGCUGAAGACCCAAGUGUCUGGAGGACGAUGUUUUCCGUGUCCUGUGCGGAACCGUUUGUCCACCACGGCAUUGAGUUUGCUCGCAUUCUGUUUACUGGACAGAGCUUCAUGAUGCACCAGAUCCGUAAAAUGAUAGGUAUGAUCAUAGCUGUAACAAGGGGCAUUGUUCCUGCUGAGUUUCUCACACAAUGUGUGCAAACGGAAAAGUUUAGCCUCCCUACAGCCCCUGGACUAGGCUUGGUACUUGAGCAUACUCACUUUAAUAUAUACAACAGUCGUUAUGCUGGUGAUGGGUUUCAUGAAGCACUUACAUGGGAAGAGACUUUGCCUGCUAUAAAUGCUUUCCGUGAAGAGAAGAUAACUCCUGUUAUACUUGAAGGAGAGUUAGAAGAGCUUUCCAUGUGCUGUUGGCUAGAUAAACUAAAGCAUCACAGUUUUCUACAAUUACAAAGGACCUCUUGAAUCAACCACACUUGUAUACUAGGAAAAGCAUCAUGGGAUCCUUACGUACCUUUUUUAAGUUUGUGUAGCCAACAGAAACCAGUUAAGUAAGAUAUGCUUAAUUUUUCUUUUAAGAAGUAGUAACUUUUAAAUAAACUGUCUUGGCAUUUUUGUAAUAUAA